GGGCGAGAGAGCGGGGCCGGCGGGGCGCGAUGGCGGAGGGCGGGGACCCGCCCGCCCCGGGCAGCGCAGGUCGCAACCUGAAGGAGUGGCUGCGGGAGCAGUUCUGCGACCACCCGCUGGAGCACUGCGAGGACACCCGGCUGCACGACGCGGCCUUCGUGGGGGACCUGCCCACGCUGCGCAGCCUGCUGCAGGACGAGAGCUUCCAGAGCCGGAUCAACGAGAAGUCGGUGUGGUGCUGCGGCUGGCUGCCCUGCACGCCCCUGCGCAUCGCCGCCACCGCCGGCCACGGCCCCUGCGUCGACUUCCUGCUGCGCAAGGGGGCCGAGAUCGACCUGGUGGACGUCAAGGGGCAGACAGCUCUCUACGUGGCCGUGGUCAACGGGCACCUGGAGUGUGCCAAGAUCUUGCUGAAGGCCGGCGCUGACCCCAACGGGAGCCGGCACCACCGCAGCACCCCGGUGUACCACGCGGCGCGGGUGGGGCGCGCCGACAUCCUGCGGGAGCUCAUCAGGUACGGCGCGGACGUGGACGUCAACCCCCAGGCGGCGUUGCGCGGGCCGGGGCAGGCGCUGCGGCCGCUGACCACGCUGGUGGUGUGUCCCCUGUACAUCAGCGCUGCCUACCACAACCUGCCCUGCUUCCGCCUGCUGCUCCAGGCUGGAGCCAACCCGGAUUUCAACUGCUGCGGGCCCAUCAACGUGCGGGGCUUCUCGCGGGGCUCGCCCGUGUGCGUGCUGGACGCCGUGCUGCGGCACGGCUGCGAGCCCGCCUUCGUCCGCCUGCUCGUCGACUUUGGGGCGGAUCUCAACCUCGUCAAGGUGGAGGCCUUGGGGGUGGAGGCCACGGGGAGGGUCAAGGUGAACGCCGAGGCACUGGAGGUGUUCAAAGAAGCGAGGGGCCGUGCCCGGAGCCUCUUGUCUCUGUGCCGCAUAGCUGUGCGGAGAAUCCUUGGCAAAUCCCGCCUGGAUCUGAUCCACAGCCUUCCCAUCCCAGACCCCAUUAAACAGUUUUUACUCCAUGAACACAGUUAAAGGGCGGCUGGCUGCUUUUGGGGACAGUUUGACUUGGUAAAUGAGUGCCCUGACAGAGCCAGGUGCCAGUCCUGCCUCUUUUUCCCUCAUGGAGUGCACGUAAUUCCCUGCUCCUGUGGAUUUUUUUUCUCCUCCAGAUUUAGGGUGCAGUGAUUCAGUGUCUUAUCUCCUUGGGGAGAGGCUGCUAAACGUGUGUGGCUGUUGCUGGAGCAAAUACAAUAUAUCCUGUGGCUGUUGGCAAACGUGUAACUUCUGUUACUGAUCUGUGUCACACACACACCUGGGGUCUCUGUGGCAUUUCUGUGUGGGGAGUGUCCCUACUUUACUAUUUUUUCCAUCACAGCAGAUAAAACCAGAAGUUCCUACCUACAUUUUACUCCAUAUCCCGUGGUAAGACCAGAGAAAACCCACCCAAAUCCACACAAUGGGUCUGUUUUGUUUGCAUUGUGGAAAGGGGAGAAAAAAGGGGUUUUUUUGGAGGAGUUGUGAGAUUUUGUGCUUCUAAUCAGUGUUGCAUCCAGCAGCCUGGGGUCCUUUGACUUCCAGUGCCUCUUCAUGCCACAAACUCCCAGAAGAGUCAUUCUGCAGGGAGUCAGCAGCCUUUUGUUGGGAUCUCAGGGUCAGCCAGUGAUGUGCUCAGUGCAGAGGAAUCGUUGUCAAAACAGCAACUUUAGAAGGACAGAGAUGAUGGUGCCUCAGGAUCUUGGGAAAAAUCUCAGGUGAUAAUUGGUACUUGCUUUAACUUUUCCGAUUCAAGUAAAGUCACUGUGUUAUAAGUUAAUUUUUUUUUGGAUGAUUUUUCUUUGCUAGCUCUUCUUCCCAUGCUCAUCCAACUGGCAAAGGUAAUUUUUCACAUGUGACCUUAAAGAUCAGAGAAUCCCAGCUUGGUUUGGGUUGGAAGGGACCUUAAAGCUCACCUAGGUCCUGGGCAGGGAUACCUUCCACUGUCCUGGGUUGCUCCAAGCCCUGUUCCUGGACCCUAUGGGGCCUCAACAUUGGUUCCUAAAUGUUCUUUUCCCAGAGGCAUAAAUAAAUGCAAAAGCCAACCAAAGCAGAGGGUAUUUCCAGACCUUCUCCAGGUGAGGUGGAGUGGAGCUGUGGGCAGGUGAGGAGGGGCAGCUCUGCACCAUUCCCUUCCCAGGCCUGCAGCUGGUUUUGGUUUUCCCGGCGCUGGCAGCGAGUUGUGCACUGGCUUUAUAGAGGUGUGAACAUGCCUGGGAGAUGCAAACAGGUUGUAAAGCCUCUUGGCACCUGGCUGGGGGAUCCAUAAUGGUUUGCAGGAGCUCACUGUGCUCCUGAGCUCCAGUGUGGGGAGGCAGAAAAUGAGAUGGGCUGGCUUGAGAAAGUGCCACAGGAACAGCUUCUGGGGUGGGUUUUUCCCUGAGGAUUUUUAGUUGGUUUGUAAAUGGGACCCCCAGUUGGGGUGAAGGUGGUAGGAUGGAUGUGGGGAGAGCUGGAAGGACCCACAAAGAUUAUCCAGUCCAGCUCCUGGCCCUGCACAGACACCCCAACAAUCCCACCCUCUGCACCCCUGAGGGCAUUGUCCAAAUGCUCCUGGAGCUCUGGCAGCCUUGGGGCUGGGACCAUUCCCUGUUCCUGUGCCCAGGCCCCCUCUGGGUGGUGGUUCCACCUGGAAUGAGCUGCAGUGAAUGAGCUGGUAUUCCUCAGUGGGAAUGUCAGAGGGUGGCCCAAAGAAAUUGAGAGAAUGGGCUCAACUCAGUGCUUGAUGUAAGUCUGGGCUGUAAUUAAAGCUGAGCCUGUAACAAUGUUAAUUAGAGAGCCCAUCCAAGGGUUUCCCCUGAACAUGGGUCCAUCCAGGUCUAAGGAUGGUUUUUCCCAGCCCAGCAGCAAACCAGCCUGAGGUUCACCAGUGACUUGGAGAUGUGCAGAAUCGAGGCUUUGGAAUGCCUGCAUCAUCCAUCCAACUUCCAUCUUCACUGAGAGACUUUGCCUCUGGAAAUGGCCAAACCUUUGGCUUGAGGGCCUGGAAUGAGUCCAACCUGGGGACAACUCACUUGAAAUUAAGCUGUAGGUGGACAGUAUUCUGUUGGAAUGGAGUCCCUGUGGAGACUGGUUGCUGUGUCUACUUAAACCCAGCUUUGCUGAGCUGGUUUAAUAUACAGAGAAUUUGAAAUUUUCACUGUAGAGAGAUAAUAAUCUUGAAAUAGAUUCAGGAUAUUCAUAGACUUCUUUGUCCUGUCCUAUAGGGGAAAACCCUCCAUCCUGUGCCUUACCCUGUCCUUUUAAACCCAGGAAACAAUAGUCUUCCAGUAUGAAAUGUCAAUAAUUGAUGCCUUUCUAUCCUUUCACACUAUAUAAACAGCAUUUCUUUUUGCCUUAGCUUGGACUUCACCAUUCCCUCCUAUGCAGCAAAGCAAUCCAUUUUGUACAGGUGUUUUCCCCCAUGUUGUCCAUGGGGCAUGCUCAGAUAAUGUGAGUAAAAAUUGAGUUUUGUGAAGCUGUGGGGUGGGAAAUGAAACAUUCCUGCAGUGAACGUCCCAUCCAUUGAAAAAUGCCCAGAAUAUUUGUGCAGUAUAUACCAAGUGUGUGUGGCCUGGCCUUGCUGGAAGCUUGAAUAGGCCAGGAUCAGAAGAUUUGGGAAAUGCUUGAAGAACCAAACCAGGUCUGGAAUCAGCCAAGCAGCUCCAAAGCUGUCUGUUCACAUUGGCUUUCCUGUCUUUGUUGCUAAGGAAGGAUUUCCAGGGCAUGGGAUGCUGGUAGCUGGGAUCCCAAUAUAAUUUCAUGCUCAUUUUGCAAAGGGUGAGGGAAAGGCAUCUGUUGGGUUGAAGUGGUUUUUUGGUUGGAUUUGGAGGUUGGUUUGUUUGUUUCUUGUUUUUCAGUCUCUGGAGUCAAGUAAAGCCUUUUUUACCCCAGCUUGAGUUACAGUACCUUUUUAGCCCUUCCUCUUCCAGUGAAGAAAACUGUGGCAGGACACAACAGAGGGGACAAAAUGCCACUUCCAGGAGUGCCCAGCAGUGCCUGUUGGCUUUUCCCAGGGUCAGAAUGGUUUGGGGCAGCAGCAGGAUCAGACCUGAGGGCAGGUGGAUCCACCUGCAGCCCAGUAAAGAGCAGGAUGGCUCUGGAUUUGGGAAAGCCUGGAUCCUGCCGGCCUCUCCCUGUGCUGUAGCCACUGGAGGGGGCCGGAGAACCGCGGUCCCUGCCUGGGGGUUACAGGGACAGCGCCGCUGCCACCUCCUGCCUUGUCCCUCCUGGGCGAUGUUCAGGGCAUCCUGAAUUUUUUCCACCUUCACACCAGGCUGAAGAGGGCUCUUUAAACCUCCCAUUCCUGCUCCUGCUCCCUUGGUCGCUCUGGAAAUGCAGCUCCUCAGUUUGUCUUGGCAUGCAAGUAGAUGUAAUUCCUCAAAAUAUUUUUCAGCUUUUUUAUUUUGUGGCAUUUUCACUGGUGAACUCCCUACAAGCUUGAGCAGCAAGAGUUUCUGCUGGUUACUCUGUUUUUCCUGGGGAUUAGCAUGUGUACCUGAGGAUUUAGUCCAUGCAGCUGCCUCCAGGCAAGGGCACAGUCCCUUUUUUAGGAUUCCUGCUUUUUUCACUUGGGAGAUGUUUGUCUGAUCUGCUGCCAGUGUUUCCUCUGAAGGCAAAACCAGAGUUUUUCCUGAACUGGAAGAAAAGCAUCAAAUGGUCUGGAAUUAUGGUGAUGAAAAACAAAGCCAAACAAGCCCUAAUCUUAAAUUUUAACACUUCUAGCCUCAAUAUUAUUCUAAUUUGGAGUGUCUCCCUCCUGCCUCUUCAUGCAUCUCCCCACAGGCCACCCCAACUUGGUACCCACAAUCGGUGACAACAUCUCUGUGCUGCAGCUUGGAACUGCAGAUU